CCCGGCUCUAUCAGGCGUAUCCAUCACAAGUGUCCUCAUACGCCAGGGCAGUACCUGCCCUUUACCAAAACCCAGCUGGGAUUCCAACAUGUUGAGAACAGUAAGAUUCGGAACAUUCUUUAGAGGAGGAGCAAGACCUACGUUCGGUGCGCGCUCAGUGACGAAGAGAUUUGCGUCUACUGGCGUGAAAGAGUUGACCGUCAGAGACGCGUUGAAUGGCGCAAUGGAGGAGGAAAUGAAGCGUGACGAGAAGGUUUUCCUCUUGGGUGAGGAAGUCGCUCAGUACAACGGUGCCUACAAGGUUUCUCGUGGCUUGUUGGACAAGUUUGGACCCAAGCGUGUUAUUGACAGUCCUAUUACCGAGAUGGGUUUCGCUGGUCUGUGCACGGGUGCUGCUUUUGCUGGUCUCCGUCCUAUUUGUGAAUUCAUGACAUUCAACUUCUCCAUGCAAGCCAUCGACCACAUCAUCAACUCGGCCGCUCGUACCCUGUACAUGUCCGGUGGUAUCCAAAACUGCCCCAUCGUUUUCCGUGGUCCCAAUGGUCCUGCUGCCGCUGUCGCUGCUCAGCAUUCGCACCAUUUCGGUCCUUGGUACGGUUCCGUCCCUGGUCUCAAGGUGCUCAGCCCGUACUCCGCCGAAGACGCUCGUGGUAUGAUCAAGGCUGCUGUCCGUGACCCCAACCCUGUCGUUAUCCUCGAAAACGAAAUUUUGUACGGUCAAACGUUCCCUGUGUCUGAAGAGGCCCAAAGCGAAGACUUUGUGAUUCCCUUUGGCGUUGCCAAGAUCGAGCGCCCCGGUAAGGACAUCACUCUUGUUGGUGAGUCUAUUUCUGUUGGUACUUCCCUUCAAGCCGCCGACAUCCUCAAGUCCAAGUACGGUGUAGAGGCUGAGGUGAUCAACUUGCGUUCCAUCCGUCCUCUUGACAUCGACACCAUCGCUGCUAGUGUGAAGAAGACGAACCGUCUCGUCACCGUCGACCAAGCUUACAGCAGCUUCGGCAUCGGUAGCGAGAUCUGUGCCCAAAUCGUUGAGUCAAGCGCCUUCGACUACUUGGACGCUCCUGUUGAGCGUGUCACAAUGGCCGACGUGCCCAUGCCUUACAACCAGAGCUUGGAGAACAUGUCUUUGCCCAAUGCUGAUGUUGUUGUGGCUGCCGCUAAGAAGGCUUUGUACAUAAACUAGACAGGGCAAUUUCUUCCGUCGCCCGCUGGCUGCACAUGAGCCCAAAUUCUUAACUCCUAAAUUUUUUUGUUUGCUGUUUUCGUGCUGGAAUGUGCUCCCAGACUCGUUCAAAACAAAGUCUGUUGCAGCAAAGAUGGUUUAAUCAAUGACUUUAUUCCGAUAACAAAGAGUUAGUGACGGGUGGAGAGGGACAGGAGGGGGGAGGAU